AUGGUGGCCGAAGCAGCGGCACCAUCACCCAAAUACCUACGGCUUGCGCCCAAGAGGAAAAGGAUACCACAAGAAAUCAUUGAGAAAUGGCCGAUGAUAUCAGCACCCGUCCUGGAUCAAAUUAGCGUUGUACUUCGGCGUGCUAAGGAUGCCAUUGUACUCAGCCGUCGGGAUCCCCAGAAACAGCAGGAAGCAGACGAGGUCCUCCAUGGCGUGAUCCGGAAGCUUGAGCGCCACUUCGCGAAUACCAAGAUCCCACCGCAAUCCAAGGCGCAUCAGUUUGAUCUUAACCACAUCGCGGCCCAAAACGAGCGGGUAUACCGGGAGCUGACGACCACCCGUCACCGCAACCAGCUCCUAGAUGAGCAAAUCAAAAUUGCGGCAGCCAAGCUGAAGGAAGAGGAAGAGACUCUAAGUAAGGUAAAGGAGAAUAAGCUACAGUGGCAGCGGAGGUGGAAGGCCCAAGGAAAGAAACAGCUCCACCCUUUGCUGCAGGAGGCCGAAAGCCUCAAGAUCGUGGAGGACAAGCCUGAAGAUAUUGGCUUGAGGAAGGCGCCGCCGAUCGAUACGGCCCUAUUCGAUAUUUCCUAUGCUGACCUAGCCCCGCUUCUCCAAACGCUCCGCCUAAAUCUCGAAACAAUGCAGAACAAUCAUGCGCAGAUAGGCGGCAUCAGCGACGCAGUGACGGAAGCGCAAGUGGCACUGGACGACGUGGUCUUCAAACACGUUCAAGGGGAGCAGUACGAUGCAUUAAUGAAUUAUUGAUAUGCAGGGUGGGACUGGCGUCUCUGACGGGUGCUGUCCGUUUCCAAAUAAUGAGUGCAUUGCAUGGCUUGGCGUUCAGUUUGAGGUACCACGGAAAGGUACUGGCACAACUCGGUCUGUUCUCGCGGCGAUCAUCAUCCAAUGCCCUGGAGUCGGCCUUGUACUCGAUAUUUGUAUGGAGAUGCGAAAGCUCGAGGAUACUCCACGCGGUCGGAAUAGAUAUUGUGUCAAUGAUUGCCAUGCGGCGACGUGUCCGACCGCUGUUCCAAGGUUUUGAGCGCUCUGUUUCUGACCAAGCUGUCGAUUUCCGAUCCGAAUAUAGCU